AUGAAUUCUGGACACCCACGCGCCCACAAUGCCGCAGCCCAUGCCUACGGAAACGGCGGAUCUCCCGAUCCACAGCACUAUCUCCCCGACGUCGACAUCGACAAUGCUCGUGAUGGGCUCUUUGAGGACGUGCAAGAUUUUAUCCUCUUCACUGAGGAAGAUCGACAUGCUGCUGCCUAUGGCCAGAACCCGACCUGGUCUCUCGCCAACCGCGCCAACACCAACCGUGAGCAACACCGUGAUUACAUGACUCCCGUGGACAAUUACUUCACGGAAGUGUUCAAUGGCACCCGUCCCGCCCGUCCUAACGGCAUCACCAACGGCGUUCACCGUCCUCCCAACGCCACCACCGCGGACCGUCCUGCCCCUCGCCGAGGCCGCGGUACCCAGAGACCCGACGCUCCGAACCCGCGACCCGGACGAGCCAGCCGUCUCUACGAAGCGGGGCCGGCCCAGAUGAACGGCGUGAGCGACCAUGACCACAUCGGCCCCUACAACCUGACCCAGCAGGGCCAGCAGGCAAACCACCGCCGCGGUGACGACAAUGACGGCGACCACAGCACCAACAACAGCGCCGGCAAUGACACCAAUGGCGAUGGCCACACCAACGACGCCACCAAUCGCCGCGCCAACAGCCUUACACCCGACAAUGAGAUCCCUGCUGUCGCCUUCACGACGCAGGGUGAGGCGCUGCUGAUGGGCGAGCCGUUCAUCGUCCCCACGGCGCAGCAGGCACAGCAAGAGGCUGGCCGCCGCACCGGCCCCGCUCGCAUCUUUUCUCGACACGAGACUGUCGACCGAGAGGGCCGCCGUACCACCGUCGAGAUCGACGAAGAUGUCGAAGAGGCCGACAUCACCAUGUCCGGUGGUCGCCAGUAA